AGGUCGGUGCUGUCAAAGAAAUGUGGAAUUCACAGUGAAUUACCACAGGUGAAUUACAACAAAAAUACAAGAAAUAACCUCUUGUUUAACUUUUUGUAAUUUUGAUAUUGUAAAAUGGAAGAAGGGAGUACACCAAAUGUGAGCCUAGUAUCAUGCAUGCAUUUUGUGAGGCGUGGAGUUGCAAAAGCGGUGCCAGAGAAGAUUGAACUAACUGAAGAGGAGUUGGCAAAUAUUAUUAAACAGACAGAGGAUGAGCUAAGGAUAACAGAACAAGGUGAUGAUCAGAGUGAUGAGGAAGGAGAGAGUGUCAGUAAUGCAAGGCCACCUCCCGCUGACCCCAAUGAUGAGUUCAAUUUUGAGAAUUAUGACCAGGAGGAAUCAAAUAAUCCUAUCGGUAUAGGCACAAUAGCAACACUGCCAAACGUCGACUUAGGUGAUAAUAUACAAAUUAGAACAGAGGGUCCAGACAGUGAUGAAGAAGAUGACAUCAUCAAGCCUGAUGACAACCUGCUGCUGGUGGGACACGUGGAGGCUGAUGCCAGUAUAUUGGAAGUUUAUAUUUACAACAAGGAAGAAGGCUCAUUUUACGUGCACCAUGAUAUCAUCUUGCCGUGGUUUCCACUCUGCAUUGAGUGGUUAAGCCAUGACCCUUCCGACCCACAACCUGGAAACCUGUGUGCCUUGGGAGGUAUGGACCCAGUGAUCCAAGUAUGGGACCUAGACAUUGAGAACUGUUUGGAGCCAGCGUUCAAACUGGGCCAGAAACCGCACAAAAAGAAGAAGAUCAAACGCGUGGGACACAAAGAUGCUGUUCUAGAUCUGUCUUGGAAUAGGAAUUUCACGCAUGUGAUAGCCAGUGGCUCCGCUGACAACACAGUGCUGCUGUGGGACUUGGACCAGUGCACACCACACACCAAGCUAGACUACUUCGAAGACAAGGUGCAAUCCCUAACGUUCCACCCGCUGGAGGCGCAGACGCUGCUGUCGGGCGCGUGCGACGGUCGCGCGCGCGUUUGCGACUGUCGCGCCGCCGACGCGCACAAGGCGUGGAGCCUGCUGCCCGAGAUCGAGCGAGUCGUGUGGGACACGCGGAACCCCUUCUGCUUCGCUAUGAGUAAUAACGAGGGUAAAGUGGCGUACGUGGACUGCCGGCAAGACGAACCGCUCUGGACCAUCAGCGCACAUGAGAAAGAAGUCACAGGUCUCAUUUUGAGUGAAAAAGUUCCUGGAUUAAUGAUAACUGUUAGCUCAGACCAGAUGUUGAAAACUUGGGAUAUAUCGAGUUCGGAAGCGGUACAAGUAAGCGAACGCUCGUGUAAAGUGGGCCAGGUGCUAUGCGCCGCGCAGUGUCCCGAGGCGCCCUACUCUGUAGCGGUGGGCGGAGACAACAAGGAGCGCUUUAUUGAGAUGCUCGACCUGACCAUCAGUGAGCAAGUUAUGAAUCGCUUUGGAUCUCGUACGCAAGGAACCACCACCACAGAAAAUAAUGAAGCUAUGGAAUCAUAGAUAAAUGUUUAUUUUAUUACUUCACAAGUAAAAGUAUAUAUUAUUCUACAUU